AUGGCUGAAUUGAGUGCAUUUCAGAAGCGUCGGUUGGACAACAUCAAACGAAACAAUGAUUUGCUAAAAAAACUCAAUUUGAAUGGAGUUUCCGGACAAUUGAAGAGUGAAGCUGGUGUGAAAGAUCAAGUCAAGGUCAAAAAGGCCAAUGGGAAGAGGAAGCCGCCUCAAAAAAGUGCCAAAGUGGCUAAGGUACCAACCAGGAGAUCCAGAAGGCUGAUGGGAGAGACGUCAGACGGAAAAGAAGUCCCACAUGUAAGCGAUUACGAGCUUUUGAAAAGGUCCGAGUCUCCGAACCUUGAAGAAUUGAAAAAUACGGCUGUUGUAGGAGAUGUUAAACUAAGUGAUUUGAUCAAAUCUGAAGACGAGAGUGAGCUUUUGACGCGAUUCCAAAGCUACAGUAACAAGAAUUUUUCUUCUGGGGAUUUUUUCAAAGAGAUCCAAAAACACAAGAAAGUUUCUAAAGAUAUGGCAGCGUUACAGCAGGAUUUCGACCUCCAAAUGUACCAGGUUUUUGAACCCAAUGAGAUAAAGAUUGUUCAAGACCGUAUCAGUGCUAUGUUUUUCCAUCCUGCAGUGGACCGAAAAUUGGUAGUGGCUGGCGAUACUACUGGCCAUAUUGGGCUCUGGAAUGUUCAUCUUGAACCCCCCAAAGAUGAGAUAGAGGCACCAGAUAUUACGACAGUAAAGCUUUUCAACAAAAACGUGGCUAAGAUCGAUGUUUUUCCGCAGGACUCCAGCAAAUUGAUGACAGCGUCGUACGACGGACUAUUACGCUCAAUUGAUUUGAGCAGUCUUCAGAGUGAUGAAGUUUUAACGCUUAAAGACCAAUACGACGAUCCCAUGGGCGUUAGUGAGUUUCAAUUCAGCUACGAAGACCCGAACCAGGUCUUUAUGACCACUUUGGGUGGAGAGUUUACUAGUUUCGAUAUCAGAACCAAAGCUACAGCGCCAAAUAUCUUACGGUUGGCAGACAAAAAAAUAGGAUCUUUCAGCAUCAAUCCGCAAAGGCCUCAUGAGAUUGCUACAGGCUCAUUAGAUCGGACGCUCAAAAUCUGGGAUGUGCGCAAGAUCGUAAAAUCUGCAGAAUGGCUACAAAACGACGAUUACUCCAGUCUUGACCAAGUCGCAAGCUACGAUUCUAGACUGAGUGUUUCUGCCGUUUCAUACGCACCUGUGGAUGCAUCAUUGGUUUGCAAUGGAUACGAUGACACCAUUCGUAUCUUUGAUUUGAAAAGUGUACCAAAAUCAGAUUUGCAACCGAAAAUCACUCUCAAACACAAUUGCCAAAGCGGGAGGUGGACCAGCAUUUUGAAAGCCCGUUUCAAGCCCAACAUAGACGUUUUCGCCAUCGCCAACAUGAGUCGAGCCAUAGAUAUAUACCAUAGCUCUGGGGAGCAGCUGGCCCAUCUGAAAACCGCGACUGUUCCAGCGGUGGUAAGUUGGCAUCCCCUUCAAAACUGGAUUGUGGGUGGUAACUCCAGUGGAAAGGUAUUUCUAUUCGAAGACGCAGGCGGUCAUAGUGAGUAG